AUGACGAGAAAUAGCCAUUCUGAUGCAAUUUCUCUUGCUUUUCAGCCAUUCUUUCAUUCUCCCCUCAGCCAGACGGUAGACAACUUUACGGACAGCCCAUCUGCCUUCACGGCUAGUCAGUUGGCUUCACCUCCUGCAUGCCCCAGACGUACGUCAAAGCCCGGAUGCACAGUUUGCCGCGGUGAUGCUUGCAAUCCGUUGCCAGAUCUGCCGGCUGCUUCCGCUGGUCUACAGACGGCCGAGCAGAAUGAGCCCUUUAGCGACAAUCUUCGUGUCGUCAAGCCGUGCUGCCCCCCCAGCGACUCAAAGUGUCCGUCAGGUCUUGUGCCGGCGUUUAUUCUGUGCGCCAAUUCCGCAUGUUCCUGCCAUAAAGCAGUGCCAACAGCGCACACGUUCGAGGAGGAGCCACUGAAUCUCUGUCUCCGUGAUGCCUAUCUUGUGGCCGCCUGGCAACUACUUGACAACUGGAUGUAUCAGAGCUCCGAGGCGACUUCACCCUUUCAGUCACAGCCUUGCCAACUGGACGCGAGGGAACAGAACCGAGGGAAAUCUGGCAGUUCCACAGAGGCCAAUGACAUUGGGUCGGCUUCGGAAGCUGCCUGGUCCUCGAGUACUCCAUCUUUUGUCAUGCCUUCAUUUGGCCAGUCGUCUAGGCCGUCUGAGAUCCCUUGGUCGGACGGAGAUGCAGGGAUACAGUCAAGGAGGACGGCAAAAAGGGAAUCAGUCGCAGAGGUCGGGCAGCAACGGGCAGGGACAUCGGAAGGUGACAACUUUUCGGUAGAGAAGAAGCCAAAAGCAGUCGAGAAUAUGUCCAAAGCCGUGCAGUCUGUUGGGUCUCCUUUGGCAAAACAGAUUGACUGGUUUUCCUGGCAGACAGCAACGACUGCCAAGAAUCAUCGUGAAAGUGGUUUGAGUUUUACAUCAUUACAGCAAUUUCGAGGCCUGGCAGACAAACAAGAAGCUCAUUCAGGUAGGCUAACGGAUGAGAAACAGCUUUUAGCUAAUGCUUUUCAAGGUUUCUUAUUAAAACCGCAAACCCAAAGAGACAUCAUACAUUUUGGGGCAUCUCAACAGUUGAUUAACGGUCCUUUUUCCAUGAUUUACUUAUGA